AAACGUCAAGCGGUGUCAAGGUUAGUUGUUAUCAAAGAUUACAAAACUGGUCCUCUUCAUCUGAAUUUAAGUUUCUGAAGUUAUCGGAAAGUGUCAGACUCAGUUAAACAAGAUGACCAGCAGGGAUAAAGCUACCAACCAGAUCGAGGAGUUUAAGAGGGCCCAAGGGACCCCAGACCAGAUGACAACUGGCACAGGAUGUCCUGUGGGCAAUAAAACCGCCUCUAAAACUGUUGGACCCAGGGGGCCAGUUCUUCUUGAAGACUUUGUCUUCACAGAUGAAAUGGCCCAUUUCAAUAGAGAGAGAAUACCAGAACGUGUUGUGCAUGCUAAGGGAGCUGGUGCAUUUGGAUACUUUGAAUGUACACAUGAUGUAACAAAAUACACCAAACUGAAGCCGUUUGAACAUAUUGGCAAGAAAACUCCCCUCGCUGUCAGGUUCUCAACUGUUGGUGGCGAGUCAGGGUCUGCCGACACUGCUCGUGAUCCACGUGGAUUUGCUGUCAAAUUCUACACAGAGGAGGGUAACUGGGACCUGGUUGGAAACAAUACGCCAAUCUUCUUUAUCAGAGAUCCUUUCCUGUUCCCAAGUUUCAUCCACACACAGAAAAGAAACCCACAAACACAUCUGAAGGAUCCUGAUAUGUUCUGGGACUUUAUCAGUCUUCGCCCAGAGACCACUCACCAGGUGUCCUUCCUGUUCUCUGACCGAGGUACGCCCAAUGGUUACAGAUGUAUGAAUGGUUACGGUAGUCACACCUUCAAGCUGGUUAACAGUGACAAUAAACCAGUCUACUGCAAGUUCCAUUGGAAGUGUGACCAGGGAAUAAAGAACCUGAUGGCUGACGAGGCAGGAGAAUUGUCCGGUAGUGCACCAGACUAUGCCAUGCGUGACCUUUACAAUGCCAUUGCCGAGGGUAACUACCCCUCAUGGACCCUCAAGAUACAGGUCAUGACCUAUGAGGAGGCUGAAAAGUUCAGAUGGAAUCCAUUUGAUUUGACAAAGAUUUGGCCACAGGGUGAAUACCCGCUGAUCCCAGUUGGCAGGAUGGUACUGAACAAAAAUCCAAAGAACUAUUUCGCUGACGUUGAACAGAUUGCAUUCUCUCCAGCUCACAUGAUUCCAGGAGUCGAGGCCAGUCCUGAUAAAAUGUUACAGGGUCGUCUGUUUUCUUACUCUGAUACCCACAGACACAGACUGGGCAGUAACUACCUACAGAUCCCAGUCAACUGUCCUUACAAUGCAAGGUUGAGGAACUACCAGAGAGAUGGACCACAAUGUGUUACAGAUAACCAAGGUGGCGCCCCCAAUUACUUCCCCAACAGUUUCAGCGGUCCACAGGAUGACCACAAGUUCCUCGAGCACAUGGACAACAUUAAGAAUGGACAGGUGGGCAGGUACAACACAGCCGAUGAUGAUAACUUCACACAAGUCGGAACAUUCUUCAACAAGGUACUGACAGCAGCUGAGCGUGAAAGACUGACAGAAAACAUUGCUGGUCACAUGAAGGAUGCUCAAGAAUUUAUCCAGAAAAGGGCUGUUGGAAACUUCGCUAAAGCUGAUCCUCAGUUCGGAAAAAUGAUCCAGGAAAAAUUGGACUUCUACAAGAAAAAGUCACAGCCUGCAGCCUAGAAUUAGUUGAAGAAGCUUCUAAGCUACUCCACUGGUUUGGGAUAAGAGGUCUGGAGGAGCUGUGGCACAACUGUAAAUACAGAUAUAUUCUUAAUCAGACUUUGAAAACACUGUGAUAAUGGAGUAUAUAGUACAUCAGUGAAAUAUUGUAACAACAAAAAAACUUGUGUUCGUUUAUAGGGCAGAUGUUAAGUUAUUAGUUACAGUUGUAUAUUGAUAAUGAUCAACUGAUGACCUGGCAACAGAAUAGUUUUGAAAUACUGCUAAGAGAAGAGAUAUGAAAAUUUCAAGAAAAUCAAAGGAUUUCUUGUAAAGUUAAGAAGAAAUGGAAGAAAUAGCUCAGAAUUAUAUAUUUCAAAUAAUGGAUUAAACAGGAUUGAAUAUUCUUUACAAAAAUGUGAAUUAAGGUGCUUAUAUUUUAAAAGGGUAUAGUGUUAAUUUACAUACAUGUAAUCAACGUUGUUCAAGAAACCUCCAUGGUUGUAUAUAUAUCUUGUUGUUGAAGAAACCUCCAUGGUUGUAUAUAUAUCUUGUUGUUGAAGGAACCUCCAUGGUUGUAUAUAUAUCUUCUGAUGUUUAAGACUUUCAUACUUACAUCAUCUUGCUUGUAAGCUCUAAUAUAUAUACAGUUAAAACUU